AUGGCAUUGGAACCAGAUUUUUCUGUUUUUGACUCGAACAUGGAUAUUGACUCUCUUCAAUUUAUACCUCCGCAGCAGAGAGCUCCAGACCUCUGUCAGCAGGUACAAGAAUUAAAAGAUGAUGUCAAGCAGCUGAGGAAUGUCUUUCAAAACACGUUGUCCCUGCAACAGAAAAUGCUGAAUCAUCUGGAUAAGGUUCAUUCCUGUGAGUCUGAUGGACCUUCUGCACAACAGUCUCCAGCAGCUCCUGUGGCCACCUCAACACCGUAUGUACCUCUUGUGAAUAUCGGUGCGGGGCAUUCCAAUGACGCGUGCCCUUAUCCUGAAACUCAGAGGGAUCUGCAUAGCUCUUUCCUACAGACUCAUUCAGCUGAGCUAACCAACACCUCAAGAGUGAUUGCUGCUGCACUACAUCACGCCAAGCUUGAACCACCAGUAUUCGCCGGGGAUGGUGAAGUGCAGGCAGUGGACUGGUUACAGGCUGUGUCAGCAUACAAGUCCACUCUGAAUUUAACUGACGCCCAGAUUCUGAAUGAGUUGCCCCGUUUUCUCACGAAAAAGCCUAGUAAGUGGUUUAAAGCACUUCGUUCACACAUUAGCUCAUGGGUGCACUUCUGCCAACUUUUCCAAACAGUCUUUCUGCCCACUGACAACCAAGAAAGAAUUCUCAGAGGCAUACUUGACCGUGUCCAGUCAGAUGAUGAACCACUACCGACUUUUGUAGCUCACAUGUUGAGUGAGUUUAAUAAGCUAUGUAGCCCACCACCUGAGAAAGAGCGUAUUCAAUUAAUAUGUAAACAUUCACUUGAAAAAUACAGGGUGGCUCUGUAUGGCUCGCCUACGUUAACUGAGCCUCAACUUUCUGCAAAUACGCUCCACAUCCUUGGUCAUGUGGAGGACAAUGAGUCUAAUGCUGUCUGGAACACUCCAUUUAAGACUAAGCUGAACUUUAAUGGAACCUGCACCGAGGCGACUCUGGACACAGGCGCUUCACUUUCAGCUGUACGUGCAGAUCUCAUUAAUCUCAAUGGGGUUUGUCCGCAGAAAGUACGUCAGUGGCAGGGGCCGCCAGUGAGCCUAGCGGACAACGCCCCUUGCCUCCCAGAGGUGUUAUUGUCGGAUCGUUCGCACAUGAGGCAGCUGCAAAUGGACGACCCUGUGACGGGUCCACUCCUCAGAGACAUCGAAUCAGACUCAUCGGUUCAAAUAGACAGUGAAUGCCAAGAACAAUAUACUGUCUAUGACAGUUUGCUGUAUUGCAGGGACCGAAAGCCUGUAUGCAGUUUACAUCCAUUAAAAGAACUUAAACUUUUUGCCCCAACAUCUCUUCGUGGCACCAUGCUGCGCUAUUACCAUGACCACCCCACUGCUGGCCAUCUCGGUGUUUCCAAAACACUUAUGAGACUACGACACAGGUUCUUUUGGCCUGGCAUGGCAGGUGAUGUCAAACGUUAUGUCACUUCUUGCUCGGUCUGCCAACUCACAAAACCAAGUCAACAAAAGCAAGCUGGUCUCAUGGUCCCUAUUGUGCCCAAGAAACCCUGGGAAUACACAGGUGUGCAAUAUCCAGAGACUCUGAGAGCCACCCUCAGGGAUGCUCAUCACCACGCCAGGGCUGCGCUAGAUCUCAGCCACAAAAGACAGAAACACUACUACGACUUGAGACGCCGCCAUUCUGCUUUUGGGAUUGGUGAUCUUGUUCGAGUGAAGUCUCACCCAAGAUCGGAUGCUUUGGCUAAUUUUACAGCUAAACUGGCACCGCUGUUCAAAGGCCCUUUCCGUGUCAGUCAGAAACUCAGCGAUGUGAACUACAGACUGAUUGAUGUUGAAACUGGAGCCGAUGCGUGA